AUGGAUCUCGCCAGUUUGCUCAGGUCCUGCUGUCUCCUACUGCUCCUGGGGGCCCUCCCUGGACGGGCAACUAAUGAAGGCCCCAUUGAGAAGGUCAUUGAAGGGAUCAACAGAGGGCUGAGCAAUGCCGAGAGAGAGGUGGGCAAGGCCCUGGAAGGCAUCAACAAUGGCAUCACUCAAGCUGGACGGGAAGUGGAGAAAGUUUUCAAUGGACUUAGCAACAUGGGGAGCCAUACUGGCAAGGAGGUGGAGCACGGUUUGGACAAAGUAGCCCAUGGGAUCAACAGUGGCGCUGGACAAGCAGGAAAGGAAGCAGAGAAGUUUGCCCAUGGGGUCAACCACGCUGCUGGACAGGGAGGUCAUCAAGGCGGGCAUACGGUUCAGCACGGAGGGGCCGCAACCACCACAUUGGCAUCUGGAGCCUCGGUCAACAAGCCAUUCAUCGACUUUCCAGCCCUGUGGAAGACCGUCGCAAACAUCAUGCCUUAAACUGAUGCUCAGACAACAGGACGUUCCUGUUGUCAAAGCAGCCGGACUGUCCUGGGGGAGCUGGGGGCAGGGGGGACAGCUUCCUGGAGGCCCUCGAGGGGCCAUGCUGAGAUUUGUGAAUAAACAUGACACACUGUC